UGCAGCCGUGUUCGGCUUGGUUUGUUUUGGUCCCUUAAAUCCCGGGUCCAAGGGUUUGGAGAAAGAUGACAGCAAGAAAGUCCGGGUCGCGAUUAGAGACCGAAAUAGAACGCUGCCGCUCCGAGGGACAAUGGGACAAGAUUCCGGAGCUGGUGCGACAGCUGUCUGCCAAACUAAUAUCAAACGAUGACCUUGGGGAGCUGCUCCUGGGGGAGGCCAAGCUUCAGCAGUACCUGAAGGAGAACCCCAUCAAGCAGGGAGCCAGCCCACGGGGGAUCAGGCCCAAACUGGUGGAAGUCCGCAAGCACCUGACAGCAGCUUUGGACCGAGGGAACCUCAAGCCGGACUACAUGCAGGAGGCUAGCAUGCUGAUGGCCAAGCUGAACUAUGUGGAGGGUGACUAUCAGGAUGCCAUCAACCAGUACUCCCGAGUGGGCCUGGACGACCUGCAGCUUGUCGGGGCCCCCGUCUACCGCCUCUCCAUGAUCGCAGAGGCAUACGCGACCAAAGGUCUGUGUUUGGAAAAGGUGCCGACUGCCUCUCCCUCCCUCUCUAACCGCAACACGGAUCGCGAACAGGAGAUUAUCACCUGCUAUGAGAAGUCGGGGGACAUAGCCCUGCUGUACCUUCAGGAAGUGGAAAAGGCUCUGAGUGCGGGCAUGCAGAACCGGAGUCCCAAACCGGGCCCGGUGACCCAGGAGCAGGAGCUGGGCUACUUCCUGGAGACCGGCCUUCAAAGGGCCCACGUUAUCCACUUCAAAAACGGUAAUUUGACGCGGGGCGUCGGGCGGUUCCGGGAGAUUCUCCGCGCCGUGGAAACCAGGACCACACAGAACCUGCGAAUGACCAUUGCGAGGCAGCUGGCGGAGAUCCUGUUGAGGGGGAUGUGCGAGCAGAGCUACUGGAACCCCCUGGAGGACCCGCCUCCCCACUCCCCGCUGAACGACCCCCUCCGCCAGGGCUCCUACACCAAGGACUACACCCUGAGCAGGAGACCCCGCGUCUACACCGGAGAGAACCUGUUUUGUCCUCAGGAAAACACAGAAGAAGCCUUGCUCCUGCUUCUAAUUAGUGAAUCAAUGGCCAAUAGAGAUGCGGUUCUGAGCAGAAUUCCAGAGCACAACAACGAUCGCAUCAUUAGCCUACAGAGCGCAUCCGUGGUGUAUGAUCUAUUGACAAUAGCUCUGGGUCGAAGAGGACAGUACGAGAUGCUCUCCGAGUGUCUAGAAAGAGCCAUGAAGUUCGCGUUCGAGGAGUUCCACCUCUGGUACCAGUUUGCCCUGUCGCUGAUGGCCGCGGGAAAGUCGGCGCGUGCGGUGAAAGUCCUGAAGGAGUGCAUCAGACUGAAGCCGGACGACCCCACCAUCCCACUCCUGGCAGUGAAGCUGUGCAUCGGAACCCUUCACUGGCUGGAGGAGGGCGAGCGUUUCGCCAAGAUGGUGGUGGACAUGGGGGAGAAGGCGUCGGAGUUCCGGGCCAAAGGCUACCUGGCCAUCGGCCUGGUGUACAGCCUGCGAGCCACAGACGCGUCGCUGCGGGGGAUGCAGGAGGAGUACCAGAAGAAAGCCCUGGGAGCCUUUCAGAGGGCACAAAGUCUUUCCCCAACGGAUCACCUGGCCGCCUUCUACCUGGCUCUGCAGCUGGCUGUGUCUCGACAGAUCCCGGAGGCGCUGGGCUACGUGCGGCAGGCGCUGCAGCUCCAGGGAGACGACGUCCACUCGCUGCACCUGCUGGCCCUGCUGCUGUCGGCGCAGAAGCACUACCACGACGCCCUCAACAUCAUCGAGAUGGCCCUCAGCGAGUACCCGGAGAACUUCAUCCUCCUGUUUACCAAAGUGAAGCUGGAGACUCUGUGCAGGGGGCCGGAAGAGGCCCUACUCACCUGUAAACACAUGCUGCAGAUCUGGAAGUCCUGCUACAACCUCACCAACCCUAGUGAUUCAGGUCGAGGCAGCAGCUUGCUGGACAGAGCCAUAGCAGACAGGAGGCAGCUCAACACCAUGACCCUUCCGGACUUCAGCGACCCAGAAACAGCCUCAGGCUCCUCCUCCUCUGUCUGCGGGUCUGAGCACUCCCCACUCUUUCUCGUCCCUUCUCUCCACCCUCCCCCACCUCCCAAGCCCGACCCCGCCCUGAAGCCCAGCGGCCACGCUUUCUGUGACCACACCCCUCGCCGGCGGCUCUCCUCCACGAGCAACCCUCCAGAUGCUUACUUUCAUGGUUUUUACUCCAUUUUUUCAGUUUGUUCCGUCCACGCCACGUCCAUGGCCGCCUCUCGGGUGGAGCAGGCCCUGUCGGAGGUGGCGUCCUCCCUCCAGAGCAGCGCCCCCAAACAAGGCCCCCUGCACCCCUGGAUGACCCUCGCACAGAUCUGGCUCCAUGCAGCGGAAGUCUACAUCGGCAUGGGGAAGCCCACGGAGGCCACGGCCUGCACCCAGGAGGCCGCCAACCUCUUCCCCAUGUCGCACAACGUGCUGUUCAUGAAGGGCCAGGUGGCCGAGCUGCGGGGCAACGUGGACGAGGCCAAGCGCUGGUACGAGGAGGCCCUCUCCAUCAGCCCCACCCACGUCAAGACCAUGCAGAGACUGGGUCUGAUCCUGCACCAGCUGCAGCGCUACAGCCUGGCAGAGAAGAUCCUGCGUGACGCGGUGCAGGUCAACUCCACGGCCCACGACGUGUGGAACAGCCUGGGCGAGGUGCUGCAGGCCCAGGGCAACGACGACGCCGCCACCGAGUGCUUCCUGACCGCCCUGGAGCUGGAGGCCAGCAGUCCCAUCCUGCCCUUCACCAUCAUUCCCCGUGCCCUGUGACAGCCCCC